CCUCGCCCUCCAACCGCUGCUGAGAGUUUCAGUGCACCGGGAACCACGUUAAGACCGAGAAGCCCCAACCAAGCCGCGGAAGGCUCGGGAACCAGCGAGUUGCAUCUAAGAAAAAGCGCCCCGAUGUUCCUUCAAUUCCACCUGCUUUGGCUCGGCCUCUUAGCACCCCAUCCCUGCAAUCCAUCUUAGCUUUCUUUCUUAUUAUUUUUAAAUCAUUAUUAUCUAAACGUUUUGUUUCUUUCUGAAGAGGUACAUCAGGAGGGGGACCACAUAGGUGGAGGGGGUGUAGUGGGGUGGGAACGGAGCGUUUGAUUAGAGAUCUCAGGGGAGAAGAUUGGUCUCUCCAGAUGCUGAUUUCCAAAGCACUUGACAAUCACCGGCAGAAGCCGAGAGCGGGCGGCGCCGGCGGCGGCACCGGCCCGCGGGCAGCUGGAGCCCGGCGCUGAGUCCUGCCCAGCGUGACCCGGACCGACGGACGCGCAGAGACCCUGCUGGGACCCGCCCUCCAGCCGGCGCCCGGGGAGCCGCCGGCCGGCUCUACCUCCCGCCCGGGAGCCGGGCAGGGCGAGAAGGCAGCGCGAGUGGCGGUGGCGACCCCCGCCAGGGUUCCUGCGACGAGCGGUGACCAGCAGCGCCCGCAGCCGCGGUCCCGCUCUCCACUCGGACGUGGCCAAGCGGCGGCGGCCACGACCUCCGGCUUCCCCGGAUCGUCCGGCUGCGCCCUGGGCGCAUCUGCGCGCCUGGCCCCGCGCCCCGCGGAGAGGGCGAUGGGUCCCGGUCAGGACUGAGCGCCCCUUCCCCUCUCCCCAGUCCCGCCUGGCGCCUCCUCCUCUGCCCCGAGGGCGAGCCACGGUCUGCGCCGCCGCCUUCCCCUCCGGUGCCCCCGGCUCGCCGUCCUCCCGCGCCCUCCCUCCCCGGACCCGUUCCCGGGGCCACCAUGGCCGCGGCCAUCGCUAGCGGCUUGAUCCGCCAGAAGCGGCAGGCGCGGGAGCAGCACUGGGACCGGCCGUCUGCCAGCAGGAGGCGGAGCAGCCCCAGCAAGAACCGCGGGCUCUGCAACGGCAACCUGGUGGAUAUCUUCUCCAAAGUGCGCAUCUUCGGCCUCAAGAAGCGCAGGUUGCGGCGCCAAGAUCCCCAGCUCAAGGGUAUAGUGACCAGGUUAUAUUGCAGGCAAGGCUACUACUUGCAAAUGCACCCCGAUGGAGCUCUCGAUGGAACCAAGGAUGACAGCACUAAUUCUACACUCUUCAACCUCAUACCAGUGGGACUACGUGUUGUUGCCAUCCAGGGAGUGAAAACAGGGUUGUAUAUAGCCAUGAAUGGAGAAGGUUACCUCUACCCAUCAGAACUUUUUACCCCUGAAUGCAAGUUUAAAGAAUCUGUUUUUGAAAAUUAUUAUGUAAUCUACUCAUCCAUGCUGUACAGACAACAGGAAUCUGGUAGAGCCUGGUUUUUGGGAUUAAAUAAGGAAGGGCAAGCUAUGAAAGGGAACAGAGUAAAGAAAACCAAACCAGCAGCUCAUUUUCUACCCAAGCCAUUGGAAGUUGCCAUGUACCGAGAACCAUCUUUGCAUGAUGUUGGGGAAACGGUCCCGAAGCCUGGGGUGACGCCAAGUAAAAGCACAAGUGCGUCUGCAAUAAUGAAUGGAGGCAAACCAGUCAACAAGAGUAAGACAACAUAGCCAGAUCCUCACAGGUGUUGUGACUUAUUCGUCCUGAGCACAGUUGAGUGAUUUAUCCUCACCAGACAUUCCUGCUCCGUGGCUGAAGAGCAGCAGGAAGUAAGCUAAUGCUUAUUCUUUGCUGUCUCCGAACUUCUCUGUUGCAAGUGGAUAAAUCUCAACCUGUCGCACCCCCCGCCCACAACAAGAAGACACCUGGAUAACCAGCUAAACUCAGACCAUGGAAUGCCCUACCAGAUAUGGAAUGCCUUUUUAAUAUCUUUUCUGUGACUGUGACACUUCAUGUGAAUGACAUACUUCACAAGUACACUCGAUACCUUGCCUGCUGACAGCUACCCAUAAUCCUUUUUGAGUCCUGUUUCAGCAAAAUCUAUGUGUUUAAGUUCAAUUUUGUAGCACACAAAUAAUAUUGAGUAAUUUCUAGUUAGACGCUGUAAACCUGUGCUAUUACGGAUUUCUCUUCUUCCCAUUUUCACAGGGCUGCUCGCUCCACUGUCUGUGACCUUUUGCAGGGAUUUUGUUCCUCUAAAUCUUAAAUGUUGCAGUUGGCUUAGGUCGGAGAGCAAUCAGGGAAUCAGGAAGCCUUCUAAACCUAUUAUUACAAAUUGCAUCUAUAAAGAUUAAGAUUGUUGUCUCUGGCUCACACUAUCGAUUAAACACACAUAUACGCUCUGUCCAGUAGCAGAUACUGUGCUCCCAAGGUCGGCAUUGCCUGGGUGGGAAAUGGCUCAAACACAAUCCAGGGAAGCUCUCUAUGAUAUGUGUUUGACAUCCCCCUCUAGUUUCUUUGUGUGUGUGUGUUUUAUACAUAUCACAAGCUUACUGGUAAUGGUAACAUUUGCCUUGCCCAGCGAGCAAGACCCACUGGUUUUUGAGAAAGUGGGUCCAAAGAUUUCUGUAGGCCUUGUAGGCCUGAUUAAGGUUCAUUUUUCAUCUAUUAAUUAAUUCUCAUUAUUUGGAAAAAAAAAAGGAAAAUCAAUAAUUACAACCUACAAGAAUUGCGCUACCUAAAUCCAUUUCAGAUAUACUCCAUCCUGUUUUUAAUGAACCAAACUUAAUGCCAUCCCCGUUUCUGGCUGCGUUCCCCUCAUACUCAGCAGAGCAUGGGCAAGACGGCUGUUGUGUUCUUUCCUGCAGCAGCAAUGCAAACGUUAGUUAUAAAUUAGACUUUAAUAUUUUUGGUGUUUAAUGACAAGUUUUUAAAUGGGACAUAUUAGGAAAAAUAUUUUUUUUAGCUCAGCAUGCUGAGUCCGGUACUGUGUAUUUCACCAGUACAUGCCUCUAGCUCAGCAUUUGGGGCUCAUGUUGCCCAGUGGCUGGGUUAGAGGUGCCUUGCCAUGAUCUCAGAAUAUAGUCUGUUGAAUUAUCCUAGAUGAAAAUAAAUAAAGGCAAACCAACACAUUCAUCCAUCAGGAUUUUGGUCCAUUCCAUUUAUUUUCUUUUGUUUUAUUUUGCAUUCUUAAUUAAUUUCUUUUAGUUUAACACUGUUUGAACUCUGAGCUUAGGGAAGACAACUACCAAGAAAGGCCAGGAACAGUUGACUACACAAUGAAGAUUCCAUGCAAAAUGUUCAAUAUUGGAUCUAAAGGGGUUCAAAAUGUUUCAUACUAAACUGUUUGGGAAUAUAUUUGUUAACUCUGUGUACACCUAAUAAAAUUCAAUGUUUUCUUCUCAGAAGAGUUCAUUGAGACCAAACUGAACCUCAUUUAUUGAAAAUUAUAUGUGGGAUCAAUGUACUGGCCUCUUGUUAUUCUUUCUAUGUGGGAGGAUGACCCAGUCAUCAUUUUCCCCAUCUGCACUGUAUUUAUUGGGAAAUUAUUUUGUCACUGCUUUCAUAAAUCUUCUUCAUGACAGCCCUUGCCCAGCACUAAAAAAUUCUGGCCUGCUUAGCUGAUUAAAGGUUUAGUAUAAAUUUAACUGUUUAUGCUUAUUUCAUUUUCAUAUUGGAUUCUACUUGAAUAAAUAAAAAGUUAGCAGAA